AUGGUGAAGAAUUGCGAUAUCAAGUCCUUAUAUAUCAACCGUUUAAGGUACCGAGUUCCAUGGGAUGUUCUGUUCGGAAACUUCAGACGUGGUACUGUGACAGUGGCCGGAGACAGUAUGCACCUGAUGGGUCCAUUCUUAGGGCAAGGCUGCUCGGCUGCACUCGAAGAUGGUGUCGUUUUGGCUAUAUGUUUGUGUAAGAAGUUAGGUGAAAACGUUAUGAAUAAUGUCUUUUCACGGAAGCGAAUCGAAGAAGCGAUUGAUGAGUACGUUAGAGAAAGAAGAGGUAGACUCGUGGGACUAUCGACACAGACGUAUCUUACCGGUAGGUUGAUUGAAUCUUCAUCGUCGGGUGACCUCUAG